AUGACCUCUACGAUUCCCUAUGAUCCAGACGAGUUCGAUAACAAUCCGUUUGCCGAACCGUCUGGCUCCGUUUUGGGGGGCUCUGCGAUCUCGUCCGCCGCAACUGCCACCACCCCGAAGACCCCACCAAAUGAAGGGAUAGUUGAAGAACACGCUGCUGAGCCAGACAGCGAGGUCAAUGACGGCUCUCACGACGAUGGCGAGUCACACACAGCUGGCUCAAAGGACACGGUGGAAGAAGAGGACGCUAAGCCAACGGAAAGUGCACCAGGCGCUAAGACGUUGACCCUUAUCCCUGAGAGAUGUGAGGACCCAUCUCUCUACACCAUCACGGUGAAGGUGACGAGCCUGGAGAGAAGUGGGUCGUUAGUCAACAAGAAGGAGAACCCUGCGGUGAUAUUCGACCUGAGUACGAACAUCACGCACUUCCGGAAGAAAAUGUACAAGGGUGUUAAGAAGUCAUAUGCCGAGUUCCAUCUCUUCUGGAAGUUCCUGAACGGUGCUAACCCUGAGUGCUUUGUUCCAGCUAUUCCAUUGGCAUAUACGAACUUCGGUAUUCUAAACGAGGAGGAUUACAAGAGAACGCUUCACAGCUUCCAGGUGUGGUUUAGCAGAAUCACGGGGAAUCCAAUCCUGGUUCGCAACGAGGAGUUUGUAUUCUUUGUUGAGAGCGAUUUUGGAACGUACUCUCCAAUUCACAAGUCUGAGCUGCCAGCCACGGGGUUGAAGCGGAAGACUUUGAAACAGUUCCAGCCACCAUAUGACGAAGUGUUGGAGUUGGCCGAGUUCAGGCCCUUGGUGAAAUCCACGUACCAAAACGCCAAAUCUUCCAUUGAGAAACUGGAGAAGCUAUCCAAGUUGAGGAGACAACUGGGACAGCACGAGAAUGAACUCGGGGCCAUGAUCGCAGAGCUUUGCGUGCUGGAAACAACACAUCCAGGUAUGCAGAACAUGUGGAAGAAGUUUGGGAAGACUCUGACCACGGUUGGGGACCUGGAUAGUGUGAUGGGAAGUUACGAGCUGGCGACACUCGGUGAUGGAUUACAAGGCAUUAUAAACGACGGGUACAUCAUCAAGGAGGCCCUGACAAAUAGACAUCUUCUGAUGCGGGACCUGAUCAACGCACAGGCUACGACCAAGGUGAAGCACGAGUCCGCUCGCAAGUUGAGGAACAAGAGGGACAUCAACCCCAUCAAAGUGGACGAGGCGAUCAGAUCCCUGGAGGAGGCCACAGGCUACGAGGACGAGCUCUCCAAGAAGAUCAAGCGGAUCACCGAGGAGAUGCUCAUCGAGAAGAAGGAGUACAUGGCGCAGCUGGACGAGCAGAUCAAGGCCAUAAUGAGGGACUUUGUCGUCAAGCGGAUCGACCAUGAGAGACGCAAGCUGCGUGUGCUGGAGAAGGUCAGAAUCGACGUCAGGCUCGUCGACGAGAACGGCGGGCUCGCACGACUCGGCAGAGAGUCCUACCCGCUCACCACCAAGAACGUGCUAACGUCGAGCCAAACCCUCGACGGCGACAGCUGGAGCGGCGACCGCAAGGUCUCACACGUCUCCCGUGAUCUGUUGAACAACGACGACGACAACGACGCCAUGGAACACGACGACGCUCAGCACGACUCAGCACAAGCUCAGGCCCCAGACGACGCUGCCGACGAGACGCCGCUCGAUGCCCGCAACGCAGCCUCUCUGCUCGGAGGCAGCACUUUCUAA